UUCUUUUUUAUGGAUGUUUAGUGUUUGUUAAGCUGUAAUCUUGGAAGAUAUUUUAAUAUUACCCCUUAAAGAAUUGUUUAUAUUGUACUUUCAGUCAAGAUCAGUGACGUACUUCCAUGUCAGGCGAGCACUAGCAAAAAAUUUCUGGCGAAAAUGUAAGUAAACUCUACGACCAAGUCCACUCAAGUCCAGCCAAACAUUAGAGACGAGGUCCAUUUCGUAAAUUCCGCGCACCCACCUUCACCUUUUGAAAGCCCCACUCUCCCACUCCCCCUCUCUCCUGCCAUCUUCCUCCACUUCGAGAGAGAGAGAGAGAGCGACACGAGCCAAGAAGAACUAGAGAGAGAAAGUAUAAAAACAUCUUUCACAUUAUAGAGAGAGGGACAGGGGGGUGGGGAGAGAUGGUUGAUGAUUUGAUGGUGUGUGUAGACAGAAUCAUAGUGGCCUCGAGUUGUUUUGAGCCAGUUAAUAAUGGAGAAAGAGAAAGAAAUGGUAGUGAUGUUGUUGGAGUUGAAGCAACAAGUAAGGAUGGUAAUGUGAAAGAGAGUGUUGGUUCUGUGAAAGGAAACGAAGAAGGGUCUUCAUGUUCUUUGAAGAAAGUAGAGAUGGUUGAAUGCAGGAUAUGUCAAGAGGAAGAUGAGGUUCUUGCUUUGGAAGCUCCUUGUUCUUGUAAUGGCACCCUCAAGUUUGCUCAUAGAAAGUGCAUUCAGAGAUGGUGCAACAAAAAAGGUGACAUUACCUGUGAAAUCUGCAAUCAGGUUUUCUCACCAAAUUAUUCCCUUCCACCAGCCCGCAGCAAUCCUGAUGUUAUAGCGAUUGAUAUAAGGCAAGCGUGGGGCCACCACAUUGAUCUGCAUGAUUCUCAUCUUCUAGCUCUUGAACAUCAAUUGCUGCAAUCAGAGUAUGAGGAUUAUGCUGUCACUAAUACAAGCAGCCUUGCUUGUCUUCGUUCUGUUGCUCUCAUUUUGCUUAUAGUCUUGCUACUCCGCCAAGCUCUAAUGGUAACAAGGGAUUCAGGGAUGGUGCAAGAAACCUCAUCAUUCUUCGGUUUUCAGAUUUCGCUUCUUCAAUUCGCUGGAUUUCUUUUGCCAUGCUAUGUGAUGGCCCGCACUUGGUACAUUGCGCAAAGCCGAAGGAGGAGACAUGGUUAAGAGAGGCAUGGUUUUUGUGCUUUUGCGUCUCUUCUUGCCUCUGACGGGCAAGCUCUUUUGCCCAUGGCAAUUUGCCAUGUUGUAUUUAAAGUAACAGCUACCAAAAUGGUUGAAAAGAACAGCACUGGAAAGGCAUUUUAAGUAUUAGGGUUUACCCAAGCUACCUAAGAACUCAAAAGAAGAUGUAAAUGUGAAAAAAACGAGUUCAUUAGUCAUUAUAUUUCUUGUGUUAGAGGCAACAAAGCAUCCUGUUGGAUAUCAUGGGAUGCAUUGAUUAGUAGCUUAAGAGUGGUUUGUGCAAGAAAUGAUUACACAUGUCUAGAAGAGGAUGAUGUCGAUUACAUCAUGCUCAAUGCUUGGUUUCUUUGGAAAAACACCUGGUUGGAUGGCAUGAUUAACUGGCCAUGAACAGUCUUGGCCAUUAAGCUAAA